AUGCCUAGUGAGUUAUCCAGUGACACUGACUCAGAUGAUGAUAUGGCGGUCCCCGUUUUGCGAACGUCGGUUGAUAUAGGCGAAGGAGCGAACAUGCCAGUGCGUAGACGUUUAAUAUUUGGGAUUCCAAAACCAAUAGAAGACCCUAAUAAUAGUUCAACAAGUUCACAAGAAGGUGAACAGAUGCCACCUGAUGACGGAAUAAAUUGUAGAAGAUUUGAUCAAGCUUUACAUGACAUGCUGAAUGAUCCAGAAAAUCCGGCUCUGCUUGGUCGGGAUGCCCCUCCGGUUUUCAACGCGCGCCUAGUAUCAGGUGUCGACUCCGCACUAUCUGAUGUUCACUACGAGGGAGAUGAGAUAUUUGUUGGGCGAGUCUUCAAGUCUAAAGCGGACUACAAAAUAAAGCUGGCCAUACAUGCAAUAAAUCGAAAGUUCCAUUUCAAGACCACCAGAUCAAAUACGUCGCUGCUUGUGAUUCAGUGUGUUGGACAAUCAUGUCCAUGGCGCGUUUAUGCAAUGCUGUUAGAUGGUACUGGUAACUUCCAAGUCCGACAAGCUUGUCUAACUCACACAUGCAUUGUUGACGAGCGUCAGAACUUCCACAAACUUGCGACAACACAAGUCAUAGGAGAGAUUCUACGGUCCCGCUUUGUAGGAAUUAAGAAGGGCCACAGUACUGCAGUAAUAAGGAAAAUACUGCUUGAUGAAUUCCAUGUGAAUGUAUCAUAUUGGAAAGCUUGGCGCGCAAGGGAGCUAGCCAUGGAACAGGCCAUGGGGACAAUGGCCGGGACCUAUUCAUUGAUUCCAGCAUAUUUGGGAUUGUUGCAAUGCUCAAACGAAGGCACCCUUUGCUUUAUGGAGCAAAACGAUGAACCAGAGGGGGGCACACGCUUUAUAUACUGCUUUGUUGCUUAUGGAGCUUCUGUAGCAGGGUACGCCUUCAUGAGGAAAGUAGUCGUUGUUGACGGCACUUCAAUGAAAGGGAAGUAUGGCGGGUGCCUCUUAUCCGCAGCCACACAUGACGGAAAUUUCCAAAUAUUUCCUCUUGCUUUUGCGAAGCUGAGCACAUUUGUCAGUGACUGCCCGGAGCUUGUCUUUAUCUCGGACAGACAUGCUAUCAUUUACACCGGCCUUCGUAAGGUGUACAAAGAAGCACACCAUGCAGCGUGUGUGGUCCAUCUAUUGCGGAAUAUUCAAAUCCUCUAUAAGUCACCGAGACUUGGAAACCUAAUGGCCGCUGCAGCUCGCGCAUUCACUGUCACGGAAUUUAACAGGCUGUUCCUACAGAUACAGACAAUUAACCCUGCCUGUGAUGCAUAUCUAGUGGAUAUAGGGUUUACGCACUGGACAAGAGCACACUUCAAAGGUCAAAGAUACAAUAUAAUGGACUCUAGCAUAGCUGAGUCAUGGAAUGACGCCAUUAAAGAGGCAAGAGAGUACCCACUGAUCAUGAUGCUCGAGUAUAUACGUACAACGGUGAUGGGUUGGUUGGCAUUGCGUCGUGCAAAAGCAAACAACGAGAAGGGAACAUUGACACCAAACAUGCGUAAACUUGUUGAAGAAAUCUAUGACCUCUCAACUGCCUUAGCUGUGCGUGACAUAAGUGAACUAGAGUUCCAAGUGCAUGACCCUAGGGGAGAGUGUUUCACCGUUAACUUAGCCGUUGGGAGUUGUUCUUGUAGAGAGUAUGACGAAAUUGGAAUCCCCUGUCUGCAUGCUCUAGCAGCAGCCUCGAAGGUUGGGUUCCCAUCUGACGCAAUGGUUGCACCAGCGUAUCGGGUCCCAACAUGGAGACAAGGAUUUGCUGGAAAAAAUUAUCCAGUUCCUUCGGUUGGUGGGUCACAAGUAGGUUCUUCUACAACGGCCGAACUUCUUCCCCCUGCAGUCCGCAGACCAUCUGGACGUCCUAGGAAGGUUCGCAUAAAGUCUCGUGGAGAGUUCAAGAAGUCAGGACAGUUAUCAUCAAACAGGAGAUGCGCACGUUGUGGCCAGACUGGGCACAACAGGACAUCUUGCUGCAAUCCUAUAUGA